GAAGCCGUGGCCGUGUGAGCGUGAGGAGCCGCCGCCACCGCCUCCUCGCUGUCCUCGUCCUCCUGGGCCCCAGCGUCGCGGGCCGCGCGCUGCCCUGGAAGAGACGUAGCCUAGCCUGCCUCCGCCUCCCUCUCGCCGCGCCGCUCCCGCCUCCUGCUCCUGCGUUGCGGGCUCCAGCGGAACCCGGAACGGCCGUCCGCCUCCCCCGCCCUCGGCCGCCCCCUCCGCGGCUUCCUCCUCAGCCCGGGGCCAGAGCGCAGUGUCGGCUGCGGCCGGUUCAGGCGGCGACUCGCGCUUCUUUGGGCGGCGGCGCUUGGCCAUGUCGUGUCGGGGAAGGUAAUGAGCCGCAGAGCCCCGGGGUCUCGGCUGAGCAGCGGCGGCGGCGGCACCAAGUACCCGCGGAGCUGGAAUGACUGGCAACCCAGAACUGAUAGUGCAUCAGCUGACCCAGAUACUUUAAAAUACUCCUCAUCCAGAGAUAGGGGUGUUUCUUCCUCUUAUGGACUGCAGCCUUCAAAUUCAGCUGUGGUGUCUCGGCAAAGGCACGAUGAUACCAGAGGCCAUGUUGACAUACAGAAUGACGAAAAGGGUGGCUACAGUGUCAAUGGAGGAUCUGGGGAAAAUACUUAUGGUCGGAAGUCGUUGGGGCAAGAGCUGAGGGUUAACAAUGUGACCAGCCCUGAGUUUACCAGUGUUCAGCAUGGCAGUCGUGCAUUAGCCACCAAAGACAUGAGGAAAUCACAGGAGCGAUCGAUGUCGUACUCGGAUGAGUCUCGACUGUCGAAUCUUCUUCGGAGGAUCACCCGGGAAGAUGACAGAGACCGAAGACUGGCUACUGUAAAGCAGCUGAAGGAGUUUAUUCAGCAGCCAGAAAAUAAAUUGGUACUAGUUAAACAGUUGGAUAAUAUCUUGGCUGCUGUGCAUGAUGUGCUUAAUGAAAGUAGCAAGUUGCUUCAGGAGUUGAGGCAGGAGGGAGCUUGCUGUCUUGGACUUCUCUGUGCUUCUCUGAGCUACGAGGCUGAGAAGAUCUUCAAGUGGAUUUUUAGCAAAUUUAGCUCAUCUGCUAAAGAUGAGGUGAAGCUGCUCUACCUGUGCGCCACCUACAGAGCGCUGGAGACUGUUGGGGAGAAGAAAGCCUUUUCCUCGGUGAUGCAGCUUGUGAUGACCAGCCUACAAUCCAUUCUUGAAAAUGUGGAUACACCAGAAUUACUUUGCAAAUGUGUUAAGUGCAUUCUUUUGGUGGCUCGAUGCUACCCUCAUAUUUUCAGCACCAAUUUUAGGGAUACAGUUGAUAUAUUAGUUGGAUGGCACAUAGAUCAUACUCAGAAACCCUCCCUCACACAGCAGGUGUCUGGGUGGUUGCAGAGUUUGGAGCCAUUUUGGGUAGCUGACCUUGCAUUUUCUACCACUCUUCUUGGUCAAUUUCUUGAAGACAUGGAGGCAUAUGCUGAGGACCUCAGCCAUGUGGCCUCUGGGGAAUCAGUGGAUGAAGAUGUUCCUCCUCCAUCAGUGUCAUUACCAAAGCUGGCAGCACUUCUCCGAGUAUUCAGUACUGUGGUGAGGAGCAUUGGGGAGCGCUUCAGCCCAAUUCGGGGUCCACCAAUUACUGAGGCAUAUGUCACAGAUGUUCUAUACAGAGUAAUGAGAUGCGUGACGGCUGCAAACCAAGUGUUUUUUUCUGAGGCUGUGUUGACAGCUGCUAAUGAGUGUGUUGGUGUUUUGCUCGGCAGCUUGGAUCCUAGCAUGACUAUACAUUGUGACAUGGUCAUUACAUAUGGAUUAGACCAACUGGAGAAUUGCCAGACUUGUGGUACCGAUUAUAUCAUCUCAGUCUUGAAUUUGCUCACAUUGAUUGUUGAGCAGAUAAAUACAAAACUACCAUCAUCGUUUGUAGAAAAGCUUUUUAUACCAUCAUCUAAACUGCUAUUUUUACGAUACCAUAAAGAAAAAGAGGUUGUUGCUGUGGCCCAUGCUGUUUAUCAAGCAGUGCUCAGCUUGAAGAAUAUUCCUGUUCUGGAGACUGCAUAUAAAUUAAUUUUGGGAGAAAUAACUUGUGCACUAAAUAAUCUGCUACACAGUCUCCAGCUCCCUGAUGCCUGUUCUGAGAUUAAACAUGAGGCUUUUCAGAAUCAUGUUUUCAAUGUUGAUAAUGCCAACUUUGUAGUUAUAUUUGAUCUCAGUGCCCUGACUACAAUUGGAAAUGCCAAAAACUCAUUAAUUGGGAUGUGGGCACUGUCUCCAACUGUGUUUGCAUUGCUGAGUAAGAAUCUGAUGAUUGUGCAUAGUGACUUGGCCGUUCACUUCCCUGCCAUUCAGUAUGCAGUGCUCUACACCUUGUAUUCCCAUUGUACCAGGCAUGAUCACUUCAUAUCCAGUAGUCUUAGCUCUUCAUCCCCUUCAUUAUUUGAUGGUGCCGUGAUUAGUACUGUAACUACAGCCACAAAAAAACAUUUCUCAAUUAUAUUAAAUCUUUUGGGAAUAUUGCUAAAGAAAGAUAAUCUUAACCAGGACACAAGGAAAUUAUUAAUGACAUGGGCUUUGGAAGUGGCUGUAUUAAUGAAGAAGUCUGAAACAUAUGCACCUUUAUUCUCCCUUCCAUCUUUUCAUAAAUUUUCCAAAGGCCUUUUAGCCAACACUCUUGUUGAAGAUGUGAAUAUCUGCUUGCAAGCGUGCAGCAGUCUCCAUGCUCUGUCCUCUUCCUUGCCAGAUGAUUUGCUACAGAGGUGUGUUGAUGUCUGCCGUGUUCAGCUUGUCCAUAGUGGAACUCGUAUUCGACAGGCCUUUGGAAAGCUGUUGAAGUCAAUUCCUUUAGAUGUUGUACUAAGCAAUAACAAUCACACAGAGAUUCAGGAGAUUUCUCUAGCAUUGAGAAGCCACAUGAGUAAAGCACCAAGUAACACCUUCCACCCUCAGGACUUUUCUGAUGUCAUCAGUUUCAUUUUGUAUGGGAACUCUCAUCGAACAGGGAAGGACAAUUGGUUAGAAAGAUUGUUCUAUAGCUGCCAGAGGCUGGAUAAGCGUGACCAGUCUACAAUUCCCCGCAAUCUUCUAAAGACAGAUGCUGUCCUUUGGCAGUGGGCUAUUUGGGAAGCCGCGCAGUUCACUGUUCUUUCAAAGUUGCGAACCCCAUUGGGCAGAGCUCAGGACACAUUCCAGACAAUUGAAGGUAUCAUUAGAAGUCUUGCAGCCCACACACUAAACCCUGACCAGGAUGUUAGUCAGUGGACCACUGCAGAUAAUGACGAAGGCCAUGGAAGCAAUCAACUUAGACUUGUUCUUCUGCUUCAGUAUCUGGAGAACCUGGAGAAAUUAAUGUAUAAUGCCUAUGAGGGAUGUGCAAAUGCGUUAACGUCACCUCCCAAGGUCAUUAGGACUUUUUUCUAUACCAAUCGACAAACUUGCCAAGACUGGCUUACUCGGAUCCGCCUCUCCAUCAUGAGGGUCGGAUUGUUGGCAGGUCAGCCUGCUGUGACAGUGAGGCAUGGCUUUGACUUACUGACUGAAAUGAAAACAAAUAGUCUAUCUCAGGGGAAUGAAUUGGAAGUAACUAUCAUGAUGGUGGUAGAAGCUCUGUGUGAGCUCCAUUGUCCUGAAGCUAUACAGGGAAUUGCUGUCUGGUCAUCUUCAGCUGUUGGUAAAAACCUUCUCUGGAUUAACUCAGUGGCCCAGCAGGCUGAAGGGAGGUUUGAAAAGGCCUCUGUGGAGUACCAGGAGCACCUUUGUGCCAUGACAGGUGUUGAUUGCUGUAUCUCCAGCUUUGACAAGUCUGUUCUCACAUUGGCCAAUGCUGGACGUAACAGUGCCAGCCCCAAACACUCUCUAAAUGGUGAAUCAAGGAAAACUGUGCUGUCCAAACCAACUGAUUCUUCCCCUGAAGUUAUCAAUUACCUAGGAAAUAAGGCGUGUGAGUGCUACAUCUCUAUUGCUGACUGGGCUGCUGUGCAGGAGUGGCAGAAUGCGGUCCACGACCUGAAGAAGAACACCAGCAGCACUUCACUCAAUCUGAAAGCUGAUUUCAACUAUAUCAAGUCACUAAGCAGCUUCGAGUCUGGAGAGUUUGUUGAAUGCACUGAGCAAUUGGAAUUGUUACCAGGAGAAAAUAUUAAUCUGCUUGCUGGAGGUUCAAAAGAAAAAAUAGAUAUGAAAAAGCUGCUUCCUAAUAUGCUUAGCCCAGACCCACGGGAACUUCAAAAAUCCAUUGAAGUCCAGCUGUUGAGAAGUUCGGUCUUUUUGGCAACUGCCUUAAACCACGUGGAACAAGAUCAGAAAUGGCAGUCCUUAACUGAAAACGUGGUAAAGUACUUGAAGCAAACCUCACGCAUUGCUAUUGGACCACUAAGACUGUCUACGUUAACAGUGUCACAAUCGUUACCAGUACUGAGUACCCUGCAGUUGUACUGCUCAUCUGCUCUCGAGAACACAGUUUCUAAUAGACUGUCCACCGAGGACUGUCUUAUCCCACUCUUCAGUGACGCCCUUCGCUCAUGUAAACAACAUGAUGUGCGGCCGUGGAUGCAAGCAUUGAGAUACACCAUGUACCAGAAUCAGCUGUUAGAGAAAAUUAAAGAACAAACAGUACCAAUUAGAAGUCAUCUCAUGGAAUUAGGUCUGACAGCAGCAAAAUUUGCUAGAAAACGAGGGAAUGUGUCACUGGCAACAAGACUGCUGGCACAGUGCAGCGAGGUUCAGCUGGGAAAGACAACCACUGCCCAGGACUUAGUGCAGCAUUUUAAAAAACUGUCCACUCAAGGUCAAGUGGAUGAAAAAUGGGGGCCUGAGCUCGAUAUUGAAAAAACCAAGCUUUUAUACACAGCAGGUCAGUCAACACAUGCAAUGGAAAUGUUGAGUUCUUGUGCCAUAUCUUUUUGCAAGUCUGCGAAAGCUGAGUAUGCUGUAGCUAAGUCAAUUCUGACUCUGGCUAAGUGGGUCCAGGCAGAAUGGAAAGAGAUUUCAGGACAGCUGAGACAGGUAUACAGAGCUCAGCAGCAGCAGAACCUCCCAGGCCUUUCUACUUUGUCUAGGAAUAUACUUGCUCUAAUAGAGCUGCCAUCUGCUAAUACGGUGGGAGAAGAACACCCUCGGAUUGAGAGUGAAUCUACAGUACACAUUGGAGUUGGAGAACCUGACUUCAUUUUGGGACAGUUGUAUCACCUGUCUUCAGUGCAGGCACCAGAAGUAGCCAAAUCUUGGGCAGCAUUGGCUAGUUGGGCUUAUAGGUGGGGCAGAAAGGUGGUUGACAAUGCCAGUCAGGGAGAAGGUGUUCGUCUGUUGCCUAGAGAAAAAUCUGAAGUUCAAAAUCUGCUUCCAGAUACUAUAACUGAAGAAGAGAAAGAGAGAAUAUAUGGUAUUCUUGGACAAGCAGUAUGUCGGCCAGCAGGAAUUCAGGAUGAAGAUAUAACACUUCAGAUAACAGAAAGUGAAGAUAACGAGGAAGAUGACAUGGUUGAUGUUAUCUGGCGGCAGUUAAUAUCAAGCUGCCCAUGGCUUUCUGAACUUGAUGAAAAUGCAACCGAAGGGGUUAUUAAAGUGUGGAGGAAAGUUGUAGAUAGAAUCUUCAGCCUGUACAAACUAUCUUGCAGCGCAUAUUUUACUUUCCUUAAGCUUAACGCUGGGCAAAUUCUGUUAGAUGAAGAUGAUCCCAGGCUCCAUUUAAGUCACAGAGCAGAGCAGAGCACUGAUGAUGUGAUUGUGAUGGCUACCCUGCGACUGCUCAGAUUGCUGGUGAAGCAUGCUGGUGAGCUCCGGCAAUAUCUGGAACAUGGCUUGGAGACAACUCCUACGGCUCCAUGGAGAGGAAUUAUUCCACAGCUUUUCUCACGAUUAAACCACCCUGAAGUGUAUGUGCGCCAGAGUAUUUGUAACCUCCUUUGCCGUGUGGCCCAAGAUUCCCCACACCUCAUACUGUAUCCUGCAAUAGUAGGAACCAUAUCACUUAGCAGUGAAUCCCAGGCUUCAGGAAAUAAGUUUUCCUCUGCAAUCCCUACUUUACUUGGAAAUAUUCAAGGAGAAGAACUACUGGUUUCUGAAUGUGAAGGAGGAAGUCCUCCUGCUUCUCAGGAAAGCAACAAAGAUGAACCUAAAAGUGGCUUAAAUGAAGACCAGGCCAUGAUGCAGGAUUGCUACAGCAAAAUUGUAGAUAAACUGUCCUCUGCCAACCCAACGAUGGUUUUACAGGUCCAGAUGCUUGUGGCAGAGCUACGUAGGGUCACUGUGCUCUGGGAUGAGCUUUGGCUGGGAGUCUUGUUACAGCAGCACAUGUACGUCCUGAGACGAAUUCAGCAGUUGGAGGAUGAGGUGAAGAGAGUCCAGAACAACAACACCUUGCGCAAAGAAGAGAAAAUUGCCAUCAUGCGAGAGAAGCACACAGCGUUGAUGAAGCCUAUUGUGUUUGCUUUGGAGCAUGUUCGGAGCAUCACUGCUGCCCCAGCAGAGACACCUCAUGAAAAGUGGUUUCAGGAUAACUAUGGUGAUGCCAUUGACAAUGCCCUUGAAAAACUAAAGACCCCGUCAAAUCCUGCCAAGCCUGGAAGCAGCUGGAUUCCAUUUAAAGAGAUAAUGCUGAGUUUGCAACAGAGAGCGCAGAAACGUGCAAGCUACAUUUUGCGUCUUGAUGAGAUCAGUCCUUGGUUGGCUGCCAUGACUAACACUGAAAUUGCACUUCCUGGCGAAGUUUCAGCCAGAGACACUGUGACAAUUCACAGUGUGGGCGGAACCAUCACCAUCUUACCAACUAAAACCAAGCCCAAGAAACUCCUCUUUCUCGGCUCAGAUGGGAAGAGCUAUCCUUACCUUUUCAAAGGACUAGAGGAUUUACAUCUGGAUGAGAGAAUCAUGCAGUUUUUAUCUAUUGUAAAUACCAUGUUUGCCACAAUUAAUCGGCAGGAAACACCCCGUUUCCAUGCACGGCACUAUUCUGUAACACCACUGGGAACGAGAUCAGGGCUGAUCCAGUGGGUGGAUGGAGCCACGCCAUUGUUUGGUCUUUACAAACGAUGGCAACAGCGGGAAGCUGCCUUACAAGCACAAAAGGCCCAAGAUUCCUACCAAACUCCUCAGAACCCCAGCAUUGUACCUCGUCCUAGUGAACUUUACUAUAGUAAAAUUGGCCCUGCUUUGAAAAUAGUUGGCCUUAGUCUGGAUGUGUCAAGGAGGGAUUGGCCCCUGCAUGUGAUGAAGGCAGUGUUGGAGGAGUUAAUGGAGGCCACACCCCCAAACCUCCUGGCCAAAGAGCUCUGGUCAUCUUGCACCACUCCUGAUGAGUGGUGGAGAGUCACACAGUCCUAUGCAAGAUCUACUGCUGUCAUGUCUAUGGUUGGCUACAUAAUUGGUCUUGGAGACAGACAUCUGGAUAAUGUCCUCAUAGAUAUGACAACUGGAGAAGUGGUUCACAUAGAUUACAAUGUUUGCUUUGAAAAAGGUAAAAGCCUUAGAGUUCCUGAGAAAGUGCCUUUUCGAAUGACACAAAACAUUGAAACAGCACUGGGUGUAACUGGAGUAGAAGGUGUUUUUAGGCUUUCCUGUGAGCAGGUUCUCCACAUCAUGCGACGAGGCCGAGAGACUCUGCUGACGCUCUUGGAGGCUUUUGUGUAUGACCCCCUGGUGGACUGGACAGCUGGUGGUGAAGCUGGGUUUGCAGGUGCUGUCUAUGGUGGAGGUGGCCAGCAGGCUGAGAGCAAGCAGAGCAAGCGAGAGAUGGAACGUGAGAUUACCCGCAGCCUUUUUUCUUCCAGAGUCGCUGAGAUUAAGGUAAACUGGUUUAAGAAUCGGGAUGAGAUGCUGGUUGUGCUUCCCAAGCUGGACAGCAGCUUAGAUGAAUAUCUGAGUCUUCAGGAGCAGCUGACAGAUGUUGAAAAACUGCAGGGCAAACUGCUGGAGGAGAUAGAAUUUCUAGAAGGAGCUGAAGGAGUAGACCAUCCAUCUCGUACUCUGCAACACAGGUAUUCGGAGCAUACUCAACUACAGACCCAGCAAAGAGCUGUUCAGGAAGCAAUCCAGGUGAAGCUAAAUGAGUUUGAACAAUGGAUAACACAUUAUCAGGCUGCAUUCAAUAAUUUAGAAGCAACCCAGCUUGCAAGUUUGCUUCAGGAGAUAAGCACACAAAUGGACCUUGGUCCCCCAAGCUAUGUACCAGCAACAGCCUUUCUACAGAAUGCUGGCCAGGCUCACCUCAUCAGCCAGUGUGAGCAGCUGGAAGGGGAAGUUGGCACUCUUCUGCAGCAGAGGCGUUCUGUGCUCCGUGGCUGUCUGGAACAGCUGCAUCACUAUGCAACCGUUGCUCUGCAAUAUCCAAAAGCCAUAUUUCAGAAACAUCGAAUUGAACAAUGGAAGGCCUGGAUGGAAGAGCUCAUCUGCAACACCACAGUAGAGCGUUGCCAAGAACUCUAUAGGAAAUAUGAAAUACAGUAUGCUCCUCAGCCACCUCCAACAGUGUGUCAGUUUAUCACUGCCACUGAAAUGACCCUUCAGAGGUAUGCAGCAGACAUAAACAGCAGACUUAUUAGACAAGUGGAACGCUUGAAACAAGAAGCCGUCACCGUGCCAGUUUGUGAAGAUCAGUUGAAAGAAAUUGAGCGUUGCAUUAAAGUUUUCCUUCAUGAGAAUGGAGAAGAAGGAUCUCUGAGUCUAGCAAGUGUUAUUAUUUCUGCCCUUUGUACUCUUACAAGGCGCAACCUUAUGAUGGAAGGUGCAGCCUCAAGUGCUGGGGAGCAGCUGGUUGAUUUGACAUCCCGGGAUGGAGCUUGGUUCCUGGAGGAGCUGUGUAGUAUGAGUGGAAAUGUCACUUGUUUGGUACAGUUAUUGAAGCAGUGCCACCUGGUACCACAGGACUUGGAUAUUCCCAACCCAGUGGAAGCAUCCGAGGCUGUUCAUUUAGCUAAUGGAGUAUACACAUCUCUGCAGGAGUUAAAUUCAAAUUUCCGGCAAAUCAUAUUUCCAGAAGCACUUAGAUGUUUAAUGAAGGGGGAGUGCACCUUAGAAAGUAUGCUCCAUGAGCUAGACAGUCUCAUUGAGCAGACAACUGACGGAGUUCCUCUGCAGACUCUAGUUGAGUCACUUCAAGCCUACUUACGAAACACAGCCAUGGGACUUGAAGAAGAAACUCAUGCUCAUUAUAUCGAUGUUGCCAGAAUGCUGCAUGCUCAAUAUGGUGAAUUAAUCCAACCAAGAAAUGGCUCAGUUGAUGAAACACCAAAAAUGUCAGCUGGCCAGAUGCUUUUGGUAGCAUUUGAUGGCAUGUUUGCCCAAGUUGAAACUGCUUUUGGCUUAUUAGUUGAAAAGUUAAACAAGAUGGAAAUUCCUGUAGCUUGGAGGAAGAUCGACAUUAUUCGGGAAGCCAGGAGUACCCAGGUCAAUUUUUUUGAUGAUGACAAUCACCGUCAGGUGCUAGAAGAGAUUUUCUUUUUAAAAAGACUACAGACAAUAAAGGAAUUCUUCAGGCUCUGUGGUACCUUUUCUAAAACAUUGUCAGGAUCAAGUUCACUUGAAGAUCAAAAUACUGUGAAUGGACCUGUACAGAUUGUCAAUGUGAAAACCCUCUUUAGGAACUCUUGCUUUAGUGAAGACCAAAUGGCCAAGCCUAUCAAGGCCUUUACAGCUGACUUUGUAAGGCAACUCUUGAUAGGACUUCCAAACCAAGCCCUCGGACUAACACUGUGUAGCUUUAUCAGCGCCCUGGGUGUAGACAUCAUUGCUCAGGUGGAGGCAAAGGACUUUGGUGCUGAAAGCAAAGUUUCUGUAGAUGAUCUGUGUAAGAAAGCUGUAGAGCACAACAUCCAAGUAGGGAAGUUCUCACAGUUGGUAAUGAACAGGGCUACUGUGCUAGCUAGCUCAUAUGACACAGCCUGGAAGAAGCAUGACCUGGUGCGCAGGCUGGAAACCAGCAUUUCUUCCUGUAAGACAAGCCUGCAGCGGGUGCAACUGCACAUUGCCAUGUUCCAGUGGCAGCAUGAAGACCUCCUUAUCAACAGACCACAAGCCAUGUCAGUCACCCCGCCUCGCUCUGCAAUCCUGACCAGCAUGAAGAAGAAACUGCAUGCUCUCAGUCAGAUUGAGACUUCGAUUGGGACUGUCCAGGAAAAACUAGCAGCCCUUGAAGCAAGCAUUGAGCAGCGGCUGAAGUGGGCAGGUGGUGCCAACCCUGCACUGGCACCAGUACUGCAAGAUUUUGAAGCAACAAUAGCUGAAAGAAGAAAUCUUGUUCUCAAAGAAAGCCAGAGAGCAAACCAGGUCACUUUUCUCUGCAGCAACAUCAUUCAUUUUGAAAGUCUACGAACAAGAACUGCAGAAGCCUUAAGCCUGGAUGCUGCCUUAUUUGAACUAAUCAAACGAUGCCAGCAGAUGUGUUCAUUUGCAUCACAGUUCAACAGUUCAGUCUCUGAGUUGGAGCUUCGUUUAUUACAGAGAGUGGACACGACUCUUGAACAUCCCAUUGGCAGUUCUGAGUGGCUUCUGUCAGCACACAAACAGUUGACCCAGGAUAUGUCCACCCAGAGGGCUGUUCAGACAGAGAAGGAGCAACAGAUAGAAACUGUUUGUGAGACCAUUCAGAGCCUGGUGGACAGCGUAAAGACUGUGCUUACAGGUCACAACCGGCAGCUUGGAGAUGUCAAACAUCUCCUGAAAGCCAUGGCUAAGGACGAAGAGGCUGCUCUAGCAGAUGCUGAAGAUAUCCCCUAUGAGAGCAGUGUCAGACAAUUCCUGGCUGAGUAUAAAUCAUGGCAAGACAACAUUCAGACAGUUUUGUUCACGUUAGUCCAGGCCAUGGGUCAGGUUCGAAGUCAAGAACAUGUUGAAAUGCUGCAGGAAAUCACUCCCACUUUGAAAGAACUGAAGACACAAAGCCAGAGUAUCUAUAAUAAUUUAGUGAGUUUUGCAUCACCCUUAGUCACCGACGCAGCAAACGAAUGUUCAAGUCCAACAUCAUCUGCUACUUACCAGCCAUCCUUUGCUGCAGCGGUCCGGAGCAAUACUGGCCAGAAGACUCAGCCUGAUGUCAUGUCUCAGAAUGCUAAAAAGCUGAUUCAGAAAAAUCUGGCUACAUCAGCAGAUACUCCACCAAGCACCAUCCCAGGAACUGGCAAGAGCAUUGCUUGUAGUCCAAAAAAGGCUGUCAGAGAUCCUAAAACAGGGAAAGCUGUGCAAGAGAGAAACUCCUAUGCAGUGAGUGUGUGGAAGAGAGUGAAAGCCAAGCUAGAGGGCCGAGACGUUGAUCCAAACAGGAGGAUGUCAGUUGCUGAGCAGGUUGACUAUGUCAUUAAGGAAGCAACUAAUCUAGAUAACUUGGCUCAGCUGUAUGAAGGUUGGACAGCCUGGGUGUGAAUGGCAUCACAGUAGAUGAGUCUGGUUAAGCGAGGUCAGACAUCCACCAGAAUCAACUCAGCCUCAGGCAUCCAAAGCCACAUCACAGUCGGUGGUGAUGCAACUGGGGGCUUACUCUGAGGAAACCUAGGAAAUCUCGGUGUACUAGGAAGUGAAUCCUGCAGGACAGCUGCACUCAGGGAUACGCCCAACACCAUGGCCAGGGUCAAAGGUGAAGAAAGCAAGCUCACUGCCUGCACACGGAGAUUGUCUUUCUGCCACAGAACAGCUGCAAAUGUGUCAGGAGGUUAGCUGAGAAAGAAAUCGGGAUGCUGCGGAGCACAGAGUGACUUGGAACUCCAUUCCACCUGACCCUGUGUGUACAAUCCAGGAAAACAAACCCCGCUCAGAAACAGAGAAAACUGGGGCCGCGAAGAACUCACAGCCACGGAAGAGUUGAUGCAUUCAGAUUCUGGAGAAACACUUGUUGCUUGGCAACAGUACUGGUUGGGUUGACCAGUAAGUACCAAAAGGCUAUGCUGUAUGAAUUUCAGAAAUGGACUGAAAAAAAAGGAGAGCAGUGUAACAGACACUACAUUGGAAGAACUGACUUCUGAAAUGAAGGGAAAAGCACCUAAUGGAUCCCACUCCUCCCAAUCGUUUACCUGUUCCCCAGCUCCCCCUUGACCCCUUGACCCACUCUGGUAGAUUAGCCAGCUGUCAGACUCACUUUUAUUUCAAUCCUUACACUUCAUAAACUUCGUCUCCACGCCGUUACCAUUUGGAGACAGAAACAGGAGCUUCUCCAAAUCCAGUGAAAACAUGGAAAAUUCAAGGAUUGUUUAAAGGUCCGAUCAUCACAUACAAGGUGUAACUCUGGUUAUUUCAGUCAUAUCUGUGACUCUUAUCAUGUACAGUUUCCAGAAUUGUCACUGUGCAUCCAAACGUUAUGAGUCUAACAGACAUUGAUUUCAUGUGCACUCCCCUUUGCUUACAGUGUGCAUUUUUUGGAGGUCAUUCAAAAUUUCCCUCUUCUGUGAUUGCUGUAGUUUCUUUCAUAGAAAGUAGCUGAUCUGAUGUAAUCUUUUACCUUUUAAACAACCAGGAUAGAGAACCUAUUGGAGUUUGCAUUGUUGAUGACAGGUUCACAAUAAAGUGAUGUUCUGGUGGAGGUAGAGUGAAAUGUUUUUUAAUUCAGUUUUCUCAUUUGAUACUUUUAAUUUACAAAGUGUAAUUUUCUCUUACGUUUUAAGGUGUAAAUUAAAAGUGCUUUAGUUUACCUGGCAUUUGGGGGCAUACGAAGUGAUGCCCACCAGCACCUUUAAGUUCAGCUGGUGGUCUGUGAGGGGUUCUAUUUACUUUCUGCAUCAUUUUAUAGCUUACUGUUGAGUGACUAGUGUAGUGAGUCAUGAUCAAGGCAUCAUUUAGCAUUUUCAGUACUCGCUGCUGAUCCUCGAUAGAAGUCCAGACUAGAAUAGAGCUAAAAAUCACGUAUCAACACAGAAUAGCACACAGUAUUUUGAGUCUGUUUACCCAGCAUUUUAGCAACUAGUGCAGUGGCCACUUACAUUUGCCAGCCUCUACGCACAAGCCUGAAAGGUCCUAUGGAAAUACUCCAUGUGCCUCUGGGCUCUUCUCUGAUUGCUACGAGUUUAAUUCUAAUCCUCACAGGAUGGAUCCCAGUGUCAGCACUUUCUUAAUUAUGAGUAUUGGAAGAGGCUGUUUGAAUUUCCAUGUGUCCAAUGACAAGUUAAGGAACUUAGCACAUUGCAUUUGAUUUUAUUCAUUGAUUUUUGAGCCUUAUUUUCACAAAACAGCCUAGCUGGAAUAUUGAUGCCAUACUGUAUUUUGCAUGCUGCUUUCUUCCCUAGAGGCAUUGAGGGCAACUGUACUUGGUAACUUUUGCUCUCUCAAGAUUUGUCAUUUUUAGCCAUUCUUCAUGUCAGGAAGAGCUUUUAUCAUAAUGAUAAACCAGCUCAUAUUUAUUUGUCCCUGUAGGUGGUGAUACUGGUCAAAAAUGGCUUCUGUUUUGGUAAUAGGUGAAUUUUAUUUCCCAUGAAUUUCCGGCAUAAGUACCUGGCACCUUAAUCCAAGCAAAAAUAUGACAGCUUAAAAAAACAACCAAAAAAAAAAUGUGCCUCUGAUGAAUUACCCAUCCUUUCUAUUUUAAGCUGGUCCCUGAGAGAAGAGUAGGUCUUGGUUAUAGAGCAGAUAAGAGCAACCAAGUACUUCAAAGCUUGCUGCUUGCUCACUGCACUCCAGACAAAACCCUUAUCUGUGUGGUUUGGCUUCCUGUGCAAAUAGCCUUGCCAGGUUGAGCUUUUGUAAGAAUCCUCAAGUGGAAAAAAUAGGGCUAUUGGGGGAAUGUCUUAAGAAAUCAUGUAGAGUGCUAUAGUUUUGAAGUCAUACAUUUUUUGGAUGACAAAAUACCUGUGGAAAACCAGGGAUAUUUUCUCUUUCUCCCCAACCCUUCCUCUCCUUACCCCUCUACUCCCUACUUCCUCCUCUCCACUCUAAGAUUCAGGGGGUACAGGACAACCAUACAACAACCUCUUCUAAUUCAGAGUACCCUUGAGAAUUGAAAUGUAUUGUGUUUUGUUGUCUUUAAUUAGCUAGAGUCUGUUUUCAGUUGAUUUCUCUACCAAGCUGUGGAAACCUGGUACUUAGGAAACUGUUUCUUCCUUUACCAAAGUGUCUUGUAGUUUCUGUUUCUGGUCAGGAGCUGAUCACGCAUUUGGCUAGAUGACUUCUUUUGACACUGGUGGUGAUCUUGAUCUACUUUCUUAGAUCACUUAUUCAGAGUUCAAACCCCAAGUUCAGGGUGAGAAUUUGUAAUACAAAGGAAAAACUCCCUUCACUUUGCUCUUAACACUUGCCUCUGUUACCUACGCUUAGUUAGUAGUUUUCUUAAUAUUGUCCAAUGUUUGGUGUUAUCUACAUUGUUUUUGUUUAAUUGUGGUUGUUCCGAUGUGUGAAAUUUAAGGAAAGAGCCAUUUAAUAAAAGCCAAGCAGGGCAAUGCAAGUACAGCCAAAUACUAGAGUUGAUGUGCAGUCUUAGGUCCUUUUUAAUCUGGGGUAUUAUAGGCAGUACUUUAAAUCAGAGUCUUCCUGGCCUAUUUCCCUCCACUUUUUUGUAGUUACUUGGGGGCUUACUUGUGCAGUACUAAAAUCAAAGGAGCUGGUUCUUCUUUUCUCCCAAUUCUUUUCUUAGUAAUGAGCACACCUACAACUAGCCUGUGACUCCUAUUCAAACACAGCAUAUGUCAGUGCUGUGCUGCUUUCUGUUAGCUGGAGUUCCUGCAGUGCAGGGAUGGAACCUUGCACGUGCUAGGCAAGUGCUCUACCCCUGAGCUACAUACAUCCUAGCCCUUACAACUAGCACACUGAAGCAGCUUUGUUUCUCAUGUGUUCAGAUGAGUACGAAAACUAACAUUAUUUUUUAUCUUGUUGAAUUUAUAAAAUGCCAGUAAUUUAGAACCCUCCCCCUCCAAAUCAAGGAGGCAAAAUUUAACGCACUAGUCGCUGAAGUCUUCAUCUUCAGUUCACUGGGUAGGAUAAGAAGAUUCCUUGUAAGAGGUACUAGUGAGCAUCAGCGCUUUGCUAAGAUUCAAGAGAAGGCAGUUCCCUGUACUUUGCCUGCUUUGGGGGCUGGAUAACAUCAUUUACAAAAUGCAAACUGAGCUUAGGUUCAAAAAGGCAACCAGGGAGAGAACCUUUGAGAAUUGGGGCUCACUGGGUGAGUCUAGUGCUAAUGUUAAAAACUCAAUCAGCUGGAUAUUUGAAGAUGGUAAAGAAUUGGAUAUUGUUCUGAAGCAGAUUUUCCCCCUCAAAACAGGCAGAUUAACAGUGGUUGUUUUCCCUUUCCUGAUGUUUGAUUCAGCUCUGUUUCAGAUUACUGUGUUACUUAUUUUAUUUGCCAGUUUUAGAAGUCUCUUAUGUUUCCGCCUGGAAUGUCAGGUGGCAGUGACAUCACAUUUCAUGUUUGAUUUUUUUUUAAACCCUUAUUUAAAAGCAAGUUGAGUUAAGCCAAGUCUUCCUUGUCCUAGUAACUGUACAAAUAGUGGCUUUUUUCUUAAGUUGUAAUGCCUCCUGAUGGAUAUAAUUUUGUGCUUGUAUUUAAGAUUAAAAGAUGAAUAAAUCACACCAGCUUCCUAAAAAUGUCCAUAAUGCAUCUUUUGGAAAAAAAAACAACAACAAGAACACAUGCCUACUUUGCAUUAACAUGGUAAAGAUUGUAUGAAAUACCUGCUUUUCAAAAAAUAAAUAAAGGUUCAAGUCUUAAAAGAUA